AUGUCCGAAUCACCCAAGUCGGAAAAGUAUAUGUUUUUAAGCAGGUUUAGUACGCCAGUGCGUGAACUGGAUGACCAUCGGUUUCAAUUGGAUCCACCCCGUAUCGAAGCUACCCCCGAUAUGACGCUUAGUCGGCAGAAUACUACACCGCAGAAUUUGAAUAUGGAGACGCCACAGCGUUCAGAUCUGCUCCAAGUCCAGGAUGUUCUUCGAGAAGCGGGGCCAUUUUCCCGGGACUUUGAGCAAGCAAUAGCGGACGAUGAUCAGGACGUCAAUGGUCUGGGACGACGCUUCUCCCUUGAUCCAACCGGCAAUAUCCGCCAGGCUCGCACAUUCAGCCGUACGCAUCAGGAUAUUGCAAACAUAUCGAGGGAUUCGUCAAUUUCUGCUCGAUCAACUUCUCCGCCCAAUUCGGUCGAAGCCUUUGCAGACCCACGGCGCCGGGAGCGUGCCAACACUCUGGAGAGCCAUGCAGCGCCAGACUUGGAAGCUAUCCUACAGCGUACGGUCUCUGGCGGCACACAUCCUCGCCGCCCAACUUUCAGUAAUGCAAGUGCCAUUAGACCUCAACCCGGCGAUAUCCAAUUAGAUUCGCCCGAGGAUCCAUGCAUCCCCCCAUUUGAACAACUGGGCAGAAUUCCGGUGAUUGACUAUGAAGAAUUGGAAGAGUUUGUGGCUCUUAAUCAGAAGACAAAGCCCGUUACAAUGCGGCGCAAGCACAGCCUUAGCUCUCAGAGCAAGAAGUCUCGUGUUUUCUAUGAUCUUCGCCCAAAUGCUCAGAAUUCCGAACUCCAUGAUGCGAAGCGCUCAUCGGAUGACUUUACCAGACUUGAAUUAAAAGACAGCGAGAAAGUCUUCGCGGAUACUGUCAACGAAAAAGAAAUAGUCGAGAAUCUCAAGAAUGAGAAUGAGCCGACCCGGUUCGGCUUCUUCUCGUCCGAGUCACAGAGUACCGUACAUGCUGCAGAACUGGGCGACUUGGUCCUCCCUGGGGACACCUUUCGAGACCUCUUCCAACUUGGCCCGGAAGGAGGUGUUUGGUGGCUCGAUGUUUUGAAUCCCACUGAAGCCGAAGUUGGUGCUCUUUCGAGAGCCUUUUCAAUUCACCCACUGACGACAGAAGAUAUAUUAACCCAGGAGGCUCGAGAGAAAGUUGAGCUAUUCAAGCAAUACUAUUUUGUGUGCUUCCGGACGUUUUAUCAGAUGGAUAAGACAAGCGAGCGCUUCAUGGAGCCCGUUAACUUCUACAUGAUUGUCUUCCGCGAUGGUGUGUUAUCGUUCUCUUUCACCGAGAAUCCCCAUGCUUCGAAUGUCCGGAGAAGAAUCGGAAAGCUCCGUGACUAUGUGUCACUUAGUAGUGACUGGAUUUGCUAUGCCAUGAUUGACGAUAUUGUGGAUAGUUUUGGCCCUGUAAUCCGCGAAAUUGAGGUCGAGUCCGAGGCGAUUGAAGAUCUCGUCUUCAUCGCACGCAUGGAUGAUUUCGAGUCAUUCUUGCCACGAAUUGGUGGCUUGCGCAAAAAGGUCAUGAGCUUGAUGCGUCUUUUGGGUGGCAAGGCGGAUGUUAUUCGAGGUUUCUCUAAACGCUGCAACGAGCAGUAUUCAGUGACGCCGCGUGGUGACAUUGGCCUUUACCUAGGCGAUAUCCAGGAUCACGUAGUGACCAUGAUGUCUAACUUGGCCCAUUUCGAGAAGAUGCUCAGCAGGUCACACACCAACUAUCUUGCGCAGCUGAACGUGACAAACCUGGUGUUGGGAAACCACGUCAACAAGAUCCUCAGCAAGGUGACCCUCAUUGCCACUAUGUUAGUUCCCAUGAACCUUAUUUGUGGUCUUUUCGGCAUGAACGUCACGGUCCCUGGUCAGGGCCAGGAAGGCCUUGCGUGGUUCUUUGGCAUCGUCGAUUUAGGCUAUGCCGCAGAUCUCACUUCUCUGGCCCCUGAAAUCCAUAGUAACUUGACCAUCAACGACGGUGACUCAUAUUUCCCAUUCCCAUUGGGGCCUUACAAUGGUCUAGUGAUUGAAGACGAUGUGAACGACGCUGGAGAUCUACGAGGUCUAGAUAUUGUCCGCAGGGCCCCUACUGGGGUCUCAUCCCUAGGCAAUAAUCAAUACCAAAAGGGCGAAGUUAAAUUAGGUGAAACCCAGUGGUGGUACUUCUCAAAAAAUUCUUUAAAUGGCAAAAAUACCAAUAAGAUAUCCGAAGAACCAACUAGCGACAACUCGAAGCAUUUGGAAACGGUCUUCAUAUCUCUAACGGCAUGUUCGAAGCCUAGCUCCAAUAAAGCCGAUUCUGACAGUGCUCGGAACCUGCCGCAUCUAGAGGUCUACGUCUCUACAUCUGAAUCGCUCCAAAAGCCUGGUCCUGGGCAAGAGAGGUCGAAUCAAACUAAAUACUUGGUCGAAGAGGGUUAUAUGGGCACCACCGUGGAAGCAGAAGGGGAUGUUUAUAUCGGUGUUGUUGCACAUAACAGCACUGAACAUUCUGGGUCCUACAGCUAUGAGCUUGCGGCAUCAGUUGAUGCUUUUUUCCACAGCCUCGCGGAUGAUCCGGCUUUCCUAUACUUCGUGGAUUCGGAUAUGCACAGUGCUCUCUUCACCACGGGCAAUCUAACGGAGGCAGAACAGGACUCUCAGAGCUACAGCAACUGGAUGGGCAUGGCACCGUCGUACACAAUGUUUGCGAAUAACAUUAACGAUACAGCCAUCUCAGGCUUACACCAUUCCUCCUGUGCGCUCGAUCGAUUCGCUCAAAUAGGCAAAGGUGAUCGUAACAUCAACGCAAGCAUGACGAGCAGAGGCCCCGGCAAUAAACCCAAGGAGCAGUUAUAUGUCACCGGGCUCAACCAAAGUUCGACAUAUGAAGGGAUUUUAGCCCUGGAUGGCAAUUCUACUGGUUCUAGAAACGGUGUUAUUGGCGGCGGUGGGAAAAUAUGGAAACCAAUCACCUUCUCAACCAAAGCAGAUGGCAAUUGUGCACUCCUCUACAACCUGUCAUUUUGCAAUGAAGUGGCAUAUGCGGUGCCUUCGAACCCGACGUUUACCUUGGACAGCCUCCGUUCAAUCUACGAUGAUAAUGCCGCUGCACUGUAUAAGAACUUUUCUUACUCUUUGGAGCAGAUCCAAUGUAAUGCUACAAAUGAGACUCGAUUUUCUUUGGCAGUGGGAUGCGAUGACUGUGCCCGAGCAUACAAACAGUGGCUAUGCGCCGUAACCAUCCCUCGGUGCGAAGACUUUUCAAGCACUGGCACAUUUCUCCAGGCCAGAAACGCUGGACAGAAAUUCAUCAACGGAACCUCGCUCAGUGAUGACCACACACUGCGGUUGGAUCCCUCGACGAAUCGGUCCCGAAAUUUGCUGAUCGACAAAGAGAUCCGGCCAGGACCGUACAAGGAGAUUCUUCCCUGCGAGGACACCUGCUACGAUCUCGUCAAGAGUUGUCCCGCUGCUCUGGACUUUCGCUGCCCGCAGGACAGAUGGCUCUCUUCUACGUACGGCAAACGCGGUACCGACGAUCUUGUCACCUGCAGUUGGGUAGGCGCAGCGUACUUCAUGGGUGGCGGAGUUAAGAUGAUUCCUUUGCGGUCGGUUUUAUUUGCACUUCCAACUGUUUGGCUUUUGUACUGGGCAUUUGACGGGUAG